AUGGCGACAGCAGACAAUACCGUCCCCAGGAAGAAAUGGUGGAAGAUCCAGUGGUACUCCGACGAUGACACCCCUGAAGAGCGCAUGCUCAUCAUCAAACUCGACCUCAUCGUCGUUCCCUACGCAGUUCUGGCGUACUGGGUCAAGUACAUUGAUCAAGCAAACUUGAAUAAUGCCUACGUCGGGGGUAUGAAGGAGGAGCUCGGCUUCAAAGGAAACGAACUCGUUGAACUCCAGACGAUGUACACAGUCGGUGCAGUUGUUGGCAUGGUGCCCUUCAUGUUCUUAUUCACCUACAUUCCCAUGUACUGGACGAUACCCGCAAUGGAUAUCCUUUGGGGUCUCUUCACCCUGCUGCAAUACCGAGCAAACUCGUUUGGGGAGCUGGCGGCUUACCGCUUUAUGGUAGGCUUCUUCGAAGCAGCUUUCUUCCCCGCCAUGCACUACGUAUUCGGCUCCUGGUAUCGCGGACACGAAAUCGCACGACGAGGCGGCAUCUUCUACACCGGACUCAAUCUCGGCACCCUAACAGCAGGCCUCAUCGCAGCCGGAGCAUCGCACCGCCUCGAAGGCGUCAACGGAAUGGCAGGCUGGCGCUGGAUGUAUAUCAUCUGCGCAAUCAUCACUGUCCCCGUCGGUGUUCUUGGAUACUUUCUCCUCCCGGGGACUGUAGAGCAACCGAACCGCUGGAUCCUCAACGACCACGAUAUCAAGAUUGCAAAGUCGCGCCUCGAGCGCGGUGGGCAUGUCACCCGCGGCAAGUUCAAGCUCGGACAUCUCAAGCAGAUCUUCCUUAGCCCUCAGUUCUGGACUGUUGUGCUUGUCGAUGUGCUGUUUUGGAACGCUGGUAUCCAUAAGAGCACGGGAAGCUUCCUGCUGUGGAUCAAGAGCCUGGGUCGCUACAGUCCGGCACAGGUCAAUGAGAUGGGGACCAUUGCGCCAGCUUUGGGAAUCCUCUACAACAUUGUGGCGUGCUUCCUGUCUGACUUGGUACUUGGUCCCGCGUGGGCCAUUACCUUUUCCUCGCUAUGGAAUGUCACAGGCCUGAUUAUGCUCGUGGUCUGGGACGUACCCGAGGGUGCCAAGUGGUUCGCCUUCUCGACGAUGUAUUGGUCCAACGCGCUUUCCAGCGUCCUGCAUGGCUGGGUCAACACCAUCCUCAGAGACUCUCCGGAACAGCGAUCAUUCACCCUCGUCAUGAUCACCAUUAUUGCCCAGUCAUCAACAGCCUGGACACCACUGUUGACGUUCCCGACUGUCGAGUCUCCAAGCUAUCCUAAAGGAUUCUCAUUCUGUCUGGGGUGUGCUGUUGCGCUUAUCGUUGCGACGCACGUUCUCGAUGUUUAUAUCAAACGCAAAGAGUAG